AUGUCGGUGCCCGGGCUGGACGAGGAACUGCAGGCGGCGGGUCUCGAGCGUUGCGUGAAGGCCGCCGCCGAGUGGUGCGAGCAGAUGGGCCCUCGGGACCUGGAGGAGAUAUGUGAGCCAGACAUUUUUCCGGAGUUUGCCGACGCUCUGUCGCUGAAGCCUUUGGAGAGGCGGCGCCUACUGAAGGGGAUCCAGAAGGCCUCGGGUUCCGGCGGCUACCCGGGAGCAGAGCCCGCGGCAGCGGCAGCGAAGAUGCCGGGGAGCCUGGGCCCUGGCCCUGCGAUCUUUGUGAAGAACACCUUUCUGGAGAUGGAUAACAGCGAAGCCAGUGCAGGCCUGCCGCGGUCGAGCACCACACCCGCGCCUGCUUCAGCGUACGAUGACGGAGAAGAGGGUGCCGAAGAGGAUCCAGAGGAAGAUCCCGAGGAGUCAGAACAAGCAGAAGCGCUCAGCAAUCCCAUUUACAAGACCAUGACCUUCGAUGCUUGGGAAUCAGGAAAUGCUUGGGACUGGAUGUACAAACAGGGAAUGGAAUCCCAGGAAGCCGAACAGGCUCCGACAGAUCCUAAAGUCGUCGAGAGCAUUCCAGAGGAGACCCCCGUCAUGUCCGGCGCCGUUGGAAUGAUGUUCGUCCCCCAAGAGGUGAUGCCAAGCUAUGCAAUGGCUGUACCUCCUCCAGAGAUGUGCAUGCCCGGCUGCUUCGCCAUUCCCAUGGACCCUUUCUCGCGAUUUCCAGGGACCAUGGACAGCAUGCCCCCGGCCUUGGAUGGUUCCGUCUCCUCCAUUGCUGUCACAACGACUGCCGACAACAACAGAGCACAGGUGUUACAGCGGGCCUUCAGCGUGAGCAGCAACGUCUAUCGCAUCCGCUGGACCGUGGAUGCCCGGAAGCUUCGGAGCACCGACAAGGAGGCCGUCUCGCCACCCUUCGACCUCACCUUCGCCGGCGGACAGCCGGUUCCCUUCAAGAUGAUCUUGCGCCCCCGCGUGGUGGCGCAAGAGCGAGGUGGGGCUUCCUUCCGGAGGUCCCGUGGCCGAGGGAACAUUCAGCUGCGGUGCAUGGCAGAGUCCGACGCCGCGGCGAAGCCCGUAGUGACCUUCCGGCUUUUGGUGGGCAGCGAGAAGGCGGCCAAGCAGUUGAAGCCACGUGGCCCAGUCUCUCACGACUUCUCCGAAAAGAACAUCUGCGGACUACCGCCCGGACAAGACGACUGGGACUUCGGAAAAGCCGUGGACGACCAGACGCAGACCUUCGUAGUAUGCCUUGAGAUUCUUUCCGGAUAUGUACGUCGUGUACUGAGCCGAAAUUUGGCUCAAGCGGUGCCCUUCUACGUCGGCAUCAUGCUUGGAAGCGAGUCCGUCGGCGCUGUGCGCAUUCUGCGGCUCAUGCGCGUGCUGCGCUUGCUGAAGCUGGCUAAACAUCAUCCUGGAAUCACGCUUUGCGUCGAGGCGACAGUCGAAAGCGGCGUGCCUCUGGCCGUCCUGAUGUUCUUUAACAUCAUCUUCGGGGUGAUCUUUGCCUCCGUGAUCUUUUACUUCGAAGGCUCCGAGUUCUCCGUGGACGACCAGUUCCUGCAAAAUGGCUUUCCGCAAGGCGUCUUCGUUCGAAUGGACACCUACGGUAAUCGCCUCCUGACGCCGUUCCGGUCUAUUCCCAUCUCUUUGUGGUGGGUUUUCACAACCACGACCACAGUGGGAUAUGGCGACAUGGCGCCAACAUCCCAUGUGGGCAGAGCCAUAGGUGUCUUGUGCUUCUACACAGGAAUCAUCUUCCUUGCCUUGCCCAUAGGCGUUCUUAGCUCGAACUUCGAGGCCGCCUACGCGAGGCACCUGGAACGGAAGCGAAAGAAUGCGCCCAAGUUGCUAGAGGUGGCGGAACAGCACCUUCUGCCCAUUGCGCCGCUAGCUGUCAAGAAGAGCAUGUUCUAUCAGCUCUCCGGCACAGACAGAGAGGGACUGCGGAGGACCGUUUUCAAGGUCCUCAACGACCCAUCGUCAAGCGAAGUGGCAAGGUGGGCCUCCUAUUUCAUCACCGCGGUGAUUUUAGUGACGACGGUCAGCAUGCUCUUGGAGUCUAUGCCGGAACUCAGUCACGUACCUGACGCAUGCGACAGCCUCGUGACUGUCGAAAACUGCCGGCCGCAGCCGUCGCAAGCGUUUUUCCAGAUAGAGUUGGUUUGCAUUAUUAUCUUCACCGUGGACUACGUCCUUCGCAUCUGCACUGCUCAUGCGAUGACAGCACGUGAGCUUGGCGUUCAGUACGUCGGGGAGAAGGAGGUGCCUGCGUGGAAAGCCACGUGGCGUUAUGUGAUUCAGUGGCUGAACCUCGUGGAUCUGUUUGCGAUAGUGCCAUUCUAUCUGGAGCUUGCUGGGCUGCAGCUGGGCAGCUCUGCCGUGAUACGUGUCAUUCGCCUCAUCCGCAUCUUCCGGCUUCUGAAAUCCCCAAAGAUGCGAAAUUGCGUGGACAUGAUUGUUGACAUCGUCAAGGAUUCGCUGCCAGGCAUCGUGUCCGUCUUUUCCCUGACGAUCUUGGUCUGCGUGCUCUUCGCGCAGGGGAGCCCAGUGCGGUAA